GUGUAUUCAAAAUGGAUCUAACUGGCACCGGAAUGAUGUUUGUUACUCCGAUUGAUUGGAGAUACGGCGGUUACCACGGAUGUUCGGGCAACACGCCUAAUCAAUAUUCAGUGAGCUCCACAAAACAGGUGGUCAGCGGUCGUUGUGGUGGUUUCUGCGGCAGUUGUUGGGCGAGAACUUUAUCUGUGAAGCCCGAGGGAUGUUAA